AUGCCGCUCCCGCCCGCGAUCCCGAAGCUGGACCUCUCGCGCGUGACCCCGCACGACUUCCACGCGCACGCGAUGACGCAGAUGGACUCGCCCUCGGAGGACGCACAUCACGCGCGGCUGUACCGCGAGCCGUCCGAGGAAUCGAACGCGUUCGAGGCGCGCGCGCGCGACGACGACGACGUCGUCUCCGUCUCCUCCUCCGAGGCGUCGAGCGGCUACGAGGAGCCGGUGAUGACGCGGUCGUCGUCGUCCACGCCGUCGCGCGCGCUCGUCCGCGCGCCGACGCCGCCGCCGCGCGAGACCGAGACGGCGUCGUCGUCAUCCCCCGCGGUCCGAGAUCUCGACCCCGAGUGCCUAGAGAUGUUCAAAACGCUGGACCGCGGCGGCGACGGCGCCGUGAACGUGCGCGAACUCAUCAUCGCCCUCAGGUUCUCGCCCGCGAUCGCCGCGAAGCUGAACCUCCCGACGCGCGUCCGGCAGGAGGACGGCACCCGCGACGCGAUCGAGGCGUUCUUCCGCGCCCUGGACGUGAACGACGACCGGUCGCUGUCUCUGGAGGAGUUCGCCGCGGCGUUCGCGUCUCAGGUGCGUCCUAUACACUGGUCCCCAUACGACCGCGUUCGCGUGGUGAACGCCGAUCCUUAA